AUGGUUACUCUUACCGAGGUCGAGGACGAGCACUUCCAGCACGCUCAGGCUGGCCCCGAUGUUGAGGAGGACGAUGAGGACUACUCGGAUACUGAUUCCGAGAUUUCCAACGAGUCUGAUUACGACCCUACAGAAGAGACUUUCACUGAGCGACUAUAUGCGCUGCGCGAUAUCGUCCCCCCUACCACCCGCUCGUGGAUCUCCGGCAAGGCCAGCACUGUUGGCAACGCCGCUUGGAGCGUUCUCUCUUUCAGCGGCAAGGGUGCUUGGGUGAUCACCACCUCUGCCCUCUUCUUCGGCGUUCCUUUCGCCCUAUCCUUUGCCGAGGACCAACAGCUCACUGCUAUGGAGCAAGAGUACAACAUGCGACAAAGCGGCAGUGAGCUUCUGACUGCUGGCACCGAGCAGAGCACCGCCGACCAAGUUGGUGCCGCCCUUGAGGGCAAGCAGGCUCAGCCUUCUCUGUAA